CUCUGUGCCAAAUAACUCAACUCAGCACGCAGAUAGGACUGUAAAUGUCUGGAGACACCACAAGAGACACACAGACUCAGUAACACACACGACUUCAGGAAGACAAGGAACUGGAACAGGACGGGGAACUUUCUUCUCGAAGUUUUAGGAACAAAAAAAAAGAGGCUCUCAUUUUUCUGAGGAGCCAAACGCUGCUAACCCACAGCCAUGAGUUCUCAGACGGGCUUUGGCAGCAGCAUGCUCUUCCAGAGCAUAAAUGAUGACCUGAAUGCAUCACUGGCUACAGCAGAUGAGUUAUCCAAAGAGUUCAACUCCUUGCUAAACCAGGUCUCGUCUGACAACAAUAACACCAACUCUGCAUCUCAGACCACCUCUAUAAUCGACAGAGAGAAGCCUCAGUCCACUGGGCUGUCCAGCACCUCCAGCAUCAGUACAAGGGAGUCAAGUAUCAGCAGUAAUGGCAGCUCCUGCUCUUACCCUUUCUCCCAAAGCUCGAUAACUACCCAUCCUUUGGACUCCAUGAUAUCCAGCAGCAAAAAUGUUCCACCCCCUCCUGUCUUCACCAGCCCGCACUCAUCCCCCAAGAUCCAAAGGCGUUCACACUCAACAGUUCCUCGAUCUGGAUCUGAAAGCUCGUACGGCCAGCAGAGCCCCAAACAUUCACCCAUUAGCCCACGGCGAACUUCCAGCCCUCAUUACAACAGGAGCCCGCGAGGUUCAAUAACUUACAUAGAUAGAAUCCCUUCUCCGAGUCCCACAGCUGUUUCCUUUGACCCGUCACCUCGGUCUACCUUACCCCACUCUUCCUCCAACCUGCUGAGCCCUUACGACAGCAGCCAGAUGGGCCGCAGGUCACCUCGGCCGGACAGAACACCUUCUCCUUUGUCUUUUAAUCACCCAGUGUCCAACACGCUUCCCCGAAAUUUUGGCGGUUUCAGACAACCCGAUGAGGUUGUGCAACGACAAAAGAGUCCUGGAAAGUGGAAUGAGACAGAUCUGGACGUGUCCUACGAGAGGAAGCCUCACCACAGCUAUGACAAGACUGAGUGGCUGCGGCCGUCUGUGUCAAACAGCAACUGGAGAGAAUCCAACCUUGAUGGCCCUCCUCCGGCCCCAAGCCCCAAAAAGGAUCCUCGCUCUCAAUCUCUCCAGUAUUCCCAUGCUUCACUCCCCCGUAACUCGCGUAUAUCACUUCCUCCAGAUGUUUCAUCCCCUUACCACCCUCAGCCCAUCCUUUCCCGUAUUUCUAUUCCUCCUACAUCCAGUCAGUCCCGUCAACGUAAGCCCAUCCCUCUUUCCGUUAUCAUGCGUCUCCAAAACCCCCACUGGGGCGCGAUGUCAGCACACCACCCCAUAGUGCUGGGGCCAGAAGGUGACAUGGUGCCUUACCCACCUGCUAUGCCUAUCCCAAGGGAGUUCUUCCACCAACCUGGAUUCCCGCCUCAGCAACCCCCACCUGAGCUGAGACAGCCAGCAGUAUACACUGACGUGCUCAACCCAGGGGAUAUUGAGGCAGAGUUAGAACGGCUGGACUUUGUUCAUCACAUGCCUGUGAUUUCGGAGAAUCCCAGCACGCAUGGCAGUACGGUGACUGAGCGUGGCAUGCAGCCAGCUCCGCGGCCCCUCAGCCCCACCAGGCUGCAGCCAGUGGUGGCGCCUGAGGCCCAGAGCCAGGAGAUCCCGAACCUGGAGGAGCUGCUCCGCAUCAGAGCGGAAAUCCCCCGGGCCCUGAAAAGACGGGGCUCUGUGGACCAGUCACGUCCCCUGAAGAAGGCAUCCCAUUACCAGCCUAACCAGUACAAAAAUCUCAUCAACAAGCUUUUUCACAGGAAGGACCAUCGCCACAAGGGGGAGCAAGGUAGCGAGACAAGCAGCUCUUCAGAAGAGGACAGCCCUGCACAUCCUCCUUCUGUACUUCCUCAGACAUCCACGAUGGUUCCCCAUGACUACAGGAGCUACCACUCUAUUCUGCGGCGGUCCAAUCGGGAUUUUAAAAGUACUGGGAGGCGAGCUCGGCUCAGCCCACUCGUCCUGCUGCUGGACGGAGCGUUGGUCGGAGAACUUGAGACGGUGCAGAGGGCCGUUCAGGAGAUGAACGACCCCAGCCAGCCAAAUGAUGAAGGCAUUACCGCCCUUCACAAUGCCAUCUGCGGGGGCCAUUACAAUGUGGUGGAUUUCCUGGUUCGCAUUGGAGCCAAUGUUAGUGCACCAGAUAGCCACGGAUGGACUCCACUUCAUUGUGCAGCCUCUUGUAAUGACCGUGCUUUGUGUGAGUUUCUGGUGAGAAACGGAGCUGCUGUCAUGGCAGUGACAGAGAGUGACAAUGCCACCGCCUCUCAGAAGUGUGAUCCUUACGCUGUCGGGUUUGAGGAGUGUGAGAACUUCCUGAGAGGUGUGGAGGAGGCCAUGGGCUUGGAAAACAGCGGGGUGCUGUACGCUCUGUGGAACUACCCGGCUCAGGCCGCCGAUGAGCUGAGCUUCAAAGAGGGAGACAUGGUCACUAUUCUGCAGAAACCUGAAGGGUUGGACUGGUGGUGGGCGUCGCUCUGCGGCAGGGAGGGAUUUGUUCCAAACAACUACUUUGGGCUUUUUCCAAAGGUUCGACCAAAAUCUCUCUGCUAAGCGGUGUCUUUAAACUGAGGUCAAACUGAGGACUGUCUCAAAAACGGCUUUCCAGCGUCACACUGUUGAAAGGACUUUGUGCGAUUAUGAGAAGACUGUGUUGCUGCAGGGCAUGAGAAAUGUUUUUGAUCACUUAGUAAAGGACAGUUGAAGGGGAAGUCUGACAAUAAUCUUUUUAAGAGGAUGUUACUUGUAUUGGCUUUGCUCUAAGUGUUUCAUUUUCUAGUGAAGUUGAGCUGUGCUAAAUUUGUCUAUUUAUCAAAGGGUUACAAAAGGGACAUAUUUUCUGUUGUUUUGUUCAGUUCUGUACCAGUCAGAAGUUGAUAUUUCUGACUCACUGGCUGGUUAGUUAUCACAAUACAAACAGUGGCUGUUGGUGUUCAGACCACUCGUCAAUAAGGUCAACUUAGACGUAUGCUGUCGACAAGCAUGAUCCAGCUGCUUCAACUUCAAUCAGAGUAAAAUCAAGCUGCUUGAAAUCUUUGAGAGAGUUUUCUGUGCUGCUACAUCAAAGAAGCAUCCUCAAAAAAAAAAGUGGUCAGGAGUUGAACUUUUUUCUUUUAUAAUAUGUACAUUUUGCUGUUUUUUGCAAGUAGUUUGUUGGAUUAUUAGUGUUCUUCUUCCUCUUUUAUAGCUGGCCUCCAUAGUCUCAAUAGCUGCUGAAACUAUUGUGUGAAUCAACUUCCUGUUGGAUCCUAUUAAUAAUCACACCUAUAACUUUACUAGCCAAAUACUAUUUUUAAGUUUGAAGAGUUUUUUCUACCAAUACGACUGUAGACUUAACAUAGUAUUUUUUACAAUCAGCCACAGCAACAAUUUGCCUGUAUUUAGUUGGUUUUCACUUGGCUUGAGUCAUUAUACACCAUGUAGGUAUUCUGUUAUGCUGCCUGUAUAAAUUAACCGUUUAACCUGUUUUCUACGACAAUGACACAGGUGUUUUUGUGGAUGUGCCAGCACCUUAUGUGAUAGCUAUAUACCAUUGGCAUGUGAGAAAGACCGUGUGUGUAUAUAUGUGAAUGGGUGAAUAAAAGGCACAAGUGCUUUGGAUAGAAUUUCUAUAUAAAUGCAGUCCAUUUACUAGAUGCAUUUGUUGUCUGUUUAUUUUAAUGGGGUUUUUUCAGUUUUCAGUGUAACCCUUUGUUUACUAGGGACUGCUGUACACUUGACCUGUAAACCCCUCCAAAUGGGACAAAUGGUGACCAAAAGAUUUAAUAUUCAAUAAAUAGAUGAGUCACA